AUGCUUAAUUUAGAAGGAGAAUGGAGUAUUUCUUUUGCAGGUUGUGGGUUUAUGGGCAUCUAUUAUGUUGGAGUUUCAGCUUGUUUUCUCGAGCAUGUCUCCCACCUCGUUCAAGACUCUUCUAAAAUCUAUGGAGCUUCGGCAGGUGCUCUACUGGCUGCAGUUCUAACCAUCGGAAUGCCCAUUGAGCAGUGCUGCGAGAGUUUGAUGUACAUGGCCAAGGAGGCCAGAAAGCGUAAACUUGGUCCUCUGCACCCAAGCUUUAACUUGCUGAAGAUCGUGCGUGACACUAUGGUCCGAGACCUCCCAGAUGACGCUCACAUCCGAGCCACAGGCAAACUCUGUGUGUCCCUCACUAGAGUGUCCGAUGGGCAGAAUGUGCUGGCAUCAGAGUUUGACACUAAGGAGGAACUCAUCCAGGCCCUUCUUUGUAGCUGCUUCAUCCCCUUUUACUGUGGUGUUAUACCUCCUACCUACCGAGGAGUGAGUUAUGUGGACGGUGCCAUCAGUAAUAACCUACCCCACUGCAAAAUGCCCAACACCAUCACAGUGUCCCCUUUUUCAGGCAAAAGUGGCAUCUGUCCAAGAGACAUCACCAUUAACUUUCACGAGGUGCGCUUCAAUAAUGUCAGCAUCCAGGUGAAUACUGAGAACAUGUACCGGGUGACCAGUGCUUUCUUCCCACCAGAACCUGAGAUAAUGGCAGAGAUCUGCCAUAAUGGAUACAUGGACACUAUUCGCUUCCUACAAGAGAACAACCUUCUCAGAACUGGGAACCCUUCCACCAGUUCGUUGACAGAAGUAGACUCUCCCAAACCUUCUUGUUGUGAAACGGAGUACGAUUCAACUAAAGUUGAGGAGACUGAGUCCGCAAAUAACUUGUUACUCAAAAGACCCAAGCCUCAAUGCAAGCCGCACUGGUGGCUGGACCCACAGAAAACUGAGAACCUACCCGUCCUUAUCAAGAAAGUGUUGUGUGAGGCAUGCAAGGAGAGACACACAGAUGGUCAGCUUGCUCAGGGUACUGAACGUCUCCCGGGGCGAGUGACGUCCUACAUGCUGAUGCCUUACACACUACCUGUGAAGGCGGCUUACCACCUGACUCAGAAACUCGUGAGCUUGAUCCCAGAUGUAUCCUGUGAUAUGCGCUGGCUCUACAAUAUGGCUGGUGAUAUCUACAAACAGGCCUGGAAGAGCACAGAUGAUAAGAUAAAAAGGUGUGUCUCAGUGUCGGGUCCAUAA